UCACAGGUAGUUGGUGUCCAGCUAUCAUCGUUCGAAGAUGUUGAGCAUUUCGUGGUUUGCUACUGGAUGGAGUCCAUUUUCACUGGCCGUGACGGCCCUGGCCGGAAUGCUGGCCGGCUAUUAUUGGGUGUGGAGUCGUUCCCGUUUUGUCCGCCUCAUCGACGCUCUGCCCGGACCGAAACCGCUUCCCAUGCUGGGCAACAUCCUCCAUUUUGCAAAUUUUUCUCUCGAUGAUGUUAAGUACGAGCCUAUUUACAGGAUUUGGAUCGGUUACUAUCCGGCCGUUUUCGUGGCUCACUAUAAGCUUUUCGAAUCCAUUUUAUCGAACCCUAAACUGAUCAAUAGACCCUACGAUUAUGAAUAUCUAUUUCACGGUGAAAGCCUCUCCGUCUUUACAGAUGACGCGUGGCGAAAACGCCGUCGCAUGCUGAAUCCCGCGUUCCAUUUUCAAAAUCUCAACGAGUUUAUCGGCACUUUCAACGACUUGAGCCUCGACUGCGCUGCCGAAUUGGAACAAAUGCUCGAGGCCGCCCAGCACAAAGAGAUUGACGUGUUUCCAAUCAUGUCUAAACUCACUUUAGAUAUUCUCUCUGAGACUUCGAUGGGGCGGAAAUCGUGGAGCGAAGAGGAAACGACAAACUUCGUCCAGUGCCUUGAAAGAUUGGAGCACGUCUUUAUGCAACGCUGUUUCCACCAGCCGUGGCUCAGAAGCGAUUUCAUCUUCAAAUUGAGUCCACUUUACCGCCUAGAACAGCGAUACACUUCCAUCUCGAGGUCCUUGAUUGACAAGGUCAUUCAAAAUCGCCUCGAGUUGCAGAAGAAAAACGGCCAGUGCGAGUCGGUUUUCAACGACAACGAGGAAGAAGACGAGUUCAAACGACCAAAGAAGAGAUUAGCUUUCCUGGAUCUGCUAUUCCAAGCAGCCGAAGCUAAUCCUGAUCUGAACGACGAGGCGAUUCGAAAUGAAGUUUUCGUCUUCAUGGGGGGGGGGAUCGAUACAACAGCAUUGGCUUUAAUUUGGUUUCUUUAUGUUAUCGCCAAGCACCCCGAUCAGCAGAAAUUGGUGACGGAAGAAUUGGAUCUGGUUUUUGGCGAUUCCGAUCGGCCGGUGACGGCGCAGGAUUUGACUCAACUCAAAUAUUUGGAAUGUUGUAUCAAGGAAUCAUUGAGGUUGUAUCCGUCCCUUCCGGUCAUUGCGCGACGUUUAACGGAAGACGUUCAAGCAGAAGGAUACACCUUACCAAAGGGUUUAACAGUCAUAUUAAAUAUUUUCUCUGCUCAUCGCAAUCCGGAAGUUUAUCCCGAUCCGCAUGUUUUCAAACCGGAGCGAUUCCUUCCGGAGAACAGCAUCGGCCGACAUCCGUACGCCUACGUUCCAUUUAGCGCUGGCGUCCGCAAUUGCAUUGGAAGCAAGUACGCAAUGCUGGAAGUGAAAGUCUCUUUGGCCAAUUUACUGCGUCGAUUUAGAUUUUCCGUCUCUGAUCCGUCGGCACCGCUCGAAACUCCGUCCAUGCAACUGUUGAGUAAACCCAAGAGCGGCCAAUGCAAUCUGAUUGUUUCAAAACGAGUCAUUUCAUAGGCAAUUAAAUGUCACUCGAAAUACAUUACAAUAUUAGUGUAGAUAUAUAGGGACUAUCCAUUCAAAAGAAGCAUUCUGCAUUUUCCCAUAACGGGAAAUAAAAUCAGACACCCAGUGACUUAAACAACUGGAAUGAUGGUUGAUAAACCGGAUAAAAAAUCCGGUCUGAUGACCUGUCUGGCAAAGUCUAAUAUUCCUUUUCCUUGCUGCACCCAUCGAAUAAAAGGGUGGAACUUUCCCACCUGUACGGUAGCGUUUACAGGUAUCCCCCCCAUUUCCCAUUUCCCCUCCCGCCAGAUGCAAAUCAAAUCCGAGAUAAAUUCUACGCUGCGCUAUCUGCUGUGGAAUGUUGUCCUAUUACGAAUAAUACAAAUUAUUUUGACCUGA